AUGAUGCGCACCUUGGCCAUGAUGGGCAACAUGGUUAACGGAGAUGAUGGUUACAUAAUCGCCGGUGACAAUUAUGGGCCCGCGGCAACUACGAAAGGCAUGAAGCCUGAAGUGCCGGAAUGGAUGUGGCCCACUACAAAAUGGACCGACAUCAUGGCAGUGAUGUGGGACCAGCACGCGGCCGGUAAAGACCUCAAGCGCGUAUACCGAUCCGCGAUCGCCACAUCUCAAACGAAAGACCUCAUGGCAUCGGCCAUGUUGAAGGUCAACAGGCUGCCGAGCGGCGACUUGGAUGACUUGGCACAGUGGCCUGGCGUUGAUUUCGUGCCGGGAGACGACCCCUUGAAUGAGCCAUUGACGCCUCAAGCGGAGGCCUUUUUCGGCUUGCUUGGAAGCUCCCAUGCCGCUGGUCCUGCGUUCUUGGGCGUUUACUACCGGGCCAUCUUUGGCAAGAAAAGAAUUAACAGGAUCAAAAUUUGGCGAUCUCCGACCAAGCCGGCACCGAACAUGCUGCUCUACAUGGAAGACCUUUGA